CAGAAGCUCCGCGGCGCCGCCCGGGACCGAACCUCCCGGUGACCGUGAGCGGACCAUGGAGUCCGGAGAGCCGCAGUGAACCUCCCGCAGGGCCGCAGAGAGGAGCAGCUAGCGGCGGUCCGAUGGACGGGUCCCGACAGAGCUUCCUGCUCAGCCCGCCGCCGCUGGCCGCCCUGACCAGCAUGACCGAGAUGAAGACGCCGCUGUACCCGGCCUACCCGCUGCCCUCCGGCGGGCCCAACUGCUCCACGUCCCCGGCCACCACGUCGCCCAACCCGGGCGGCAUGGCGGGCUCCUCGCCGGGCAUCAAGAGCUCUUCGGGGCUGUCGUCGGGGCUCGGCUCCCCGCAGCAGUGCUCCUCGGCCACCCCGCACGGGAUUAACGACAUCCUCAACCGGCCUACGGCGUCCGCCGCCGCCGCCGCCGCCGCUUCCUCCUCGGCGGGCCUCCUGAGCGGGCUGCCCCGCUUCAGCAGCCUCAGCCCGCCGCCGCCUCCCGGACUCUACUUCAGCCCGGGCGCCGCGGCGGUGGCGGCGGUGGCCCGGUACCCGAAGCCCCUGGCGGAGCUGCCGGGCCGGACGCCGAUCUUCUGGCCCGGAGUGAUGCAAAGUCCGCACUGGAGGGACGCCCGGUUCGCCUGCUCGCCCCACCAGGGCUCGGUGCUGCUGGACAAGGACGGGAAGAGGAAGCACACCAGACCCACCUUCUCCGGACAGCAGAUCUUUGCGCUGGAAAAAACUUUCGAACAAACCAAAUAUCUGGCGGGACCCGAGAGGGCGAGAUUGGCCUACAGCCUGGGCAUGACGGAGAGCCAGGUCAAGGUUUGGUUCCAGAACCGGAGGACCAAGUGGAGGAAGAAGCACGCGGCGGAGAUGGCCUCGGCCAAGAAGAAGCAGGACUCGGAGACGGAGCGGCUCAAAGGUUCGGACGCGGAGGACGAGGACGACGACUACAACAAACCUCUGGACCCAAACUCUGACGACGAGAAGAUCACGCAGCUGCUGAAGAAACACAAACCGGGAGCGCUGCUGCUGCACUCGGAGACCGACAGCUCCUAACGGACCCUGGCACCGGCUCGGCCCGUUACCGGAGCACCGGACGCUGCUGACUGUAAAUAGAACCGUGAGUUUGUUCCGAUAGAAAUUAUCUGCUGUGAAUAAUUUAUGUGUAAAAAAAACAACAAACAGUUUUGUACAGAUUCACUCAGUUUAUCUGGACCCGGACCCUGAACGCACCACGCACACGCACACGCACACACCUUUUUAUUUAUAUGGUUAAGUUGUGAGUUGCGCCUGCGCACUUGUACCCCGCAGGUUCCUGUAAUGCACUUUUAUUUAAUAAAACCGUUUCCUUCUUGUUUCCACGAA